CCUUAAACACAUUGGUAUGGAGGAGAUAUUUCAAAGAAAUGUUAAGGAGUAUGAAAAGGGACAUAGUGGGUGGGACCAGAUUGAAAAUGGAGGGUGUAGAUUAAAUAUAAAUACCAUCUAUACUUCUACACACUCACACGAGAUUUCUCCUCUUAAACCACCACUCCCCAUUCAACACAAACGCUAUUUCCUUUCUUCUUCUUCUUCUUCUUCGCCGCCCGGAACAGCCAUGGCCUACGACUGCGAGAAGCACUGCAAGAAGAAACGCAAGAAGCUCAUCAAACUAAUCGGCGCAAUCAUCGGCAUCUUCAUCUUCCUCGUCCUCCUCACCAUCCUCAUCGUCUGGGCAGUCCUCCGUCCCACCAAACCCACUUUCUUCCUUCAAGACGUCACCGUCUACGCCUUCAACGCCACCGUCCCCAGUUUCCUCACCUCCAAUUUCCUCCUCACUAUCUCCUCUCGCAACCCAAACCGCCGAAUCGGAAUCUACUACGACGAACUCCACGUCUAUGCCAUCUACCGAAACCAACAGAUCACUCUCCGGACCAUCAUCCCUCGCUUCUACCAAGGCCAUAAGGACGUCAACGUAUGGUCCCCUUUCGUCUCCGGCACCUCCGUGCCGGUCGCGCCCUUCAUCAGUUCGGCGCUGAAUCAGGACAGGAACGCCGGAGCACUGAUGAUCCUGGUCAAAAUUGACGGCAAGGUUCGAUGGAAGGUCGGAAGCUUCAUAACUGGGCGGUACCAAUUCCACGCGAACUGCCCGGUGGUGAUAAACUUCGGUGCGUAUCCGGCGAACGGAGACGGGUCGAUGGUUCAGUAUAACGUGAAGUACCAAGUGGUUCAGAGAUGCGACGUUAGCGUUUGAGUUUUUCUAGAAAAGCUAAAAUUGGCUAAAAAUAUAAACGCCGUUAGUUAACGGUUUGUUUCAUUUGGGUAAAUGUGUUUUCGUGUUGAAUUUAUUGUUAAUAUUGGAAAGUGUAUACAAAAAGGCACGAGCGGGUGUCGGAAAGGAAGCAAAAGAAAAGGAAGGAUUAGCCAAAAAGAAAUGUGUUUAAUAAAUGAGAUUAAUUAGUGGCAAUGUUUGUUAAUUAUUCACUCA